AUGGCUUCUAGCCAGAGUUCCUCUUCUGGUUCCAGAACUCUCACUCGUUGUCACGUAUGUUCCAAACAUUUUCGUUUGCGUCCCGAUGGCGCAUUGGUUAGGCAUGGAGGAAAGGUUAAAGGUUCAGAAUGUUCCGGUUCCCUGGCGAAGCCCAAGACCGGGUCAAAACGCGCGUCAUUGGGAAACGUUUCCGGUUGCGCCCCUGCCGCCAAUGCCGUUGGCAACGUCUCGAUCAGCAGUGCUGCACCGCAACAGGUUUCUAAAAUCGACAUGGCAGAGAGGUUUUUCAGAAAAUCUGCUAGUUUUUGUUUAAUGGAUCACAUUCCCAAACAUUCAAGAACAAAAUUUGGUCAGACGCUGGCUAAAGUGGUAAAGGAAAUUAUUGAUAAACCCUCUAUUUCAAUCAGUUGGUUCAAAUUGCUCUUUUUACCAGCAAUGAUCUUGAGGAAAAGUCAUCGCGGCGGCAGACGUCAUAAUCCAACUGGACUAAUCAAUCAGAGGAUUGACGAUUUUGGCGGACAAUCCGUCGAGAAGAUGGCUGACUGCUUGGAAUUCGUUAAUAAAUUGGAGAAUAAGAAAUCAGCCGAAUCUAAGUUGAUAUCUUCGGUAAAGUCUAAGAUCGAAAAAGGAAACAUAAAAAAUGCGAUGCAGCUUCUGUCAUCAACGGACACCGUGGCACCUGAUACUGAAGAGAUUAUACGUGCUCUAAAGUCUAAACAUCCCACCGCACCCAACAACAAACAGCAAAGUCCCUCCAAGGAAAGUUCAAGCUUGUGCGUUACAUCUCAACAAGUACUGGUUUGUUUAAAAACUUUCCCAAAGGGAACAUCAGGUGGCAGUGACGGCCUUACGCCGGAGCAUCUGAAAGACCUCACAUCUUCAAAAACAGAUUCGAUUGAUCUCAUCAAUUCAAUCACAGCAUUUAUCAACAUGAUCUUAAAUGGUGAUUGCCCACCUGAUGUGGCCCCAUACUUUUUUGGCGGAAGGCUGGGGACGCUGCCUAUAUGUGUUGGUGGCCUGGGUUUGGGUUCCGCGGCUGAGCUGGCAUCUUCUGCCUUUUUGGCUUCUGCUGCUGCCACGGUGGCCCUCCAGGAUCUGAUGUUGCCGAGGGAUGGGAUUUAUGUCGAUAACUUCAGAAUGCAAGUAUACGACAUGUGGCGCGCCAACGGAGAUGUGGUUGCGCUCGAAAACCCCUCGCAAAAACACUGGAUCGCCCCCUGUCUUAAUAGAUCAGUUGAUCGGUGGCUGCAACUGAAUGGCUCUACUUUUGACAAGGCUAAAAUUAUGGCUGUCAAAAAACCCAUGGGUUUGAUAGAGGAAGGAGCCUUUAGGCCUGAUGGUUACACUAUCACCCUAUGGGCUCAGGGACGGUCCCUGGCUUGGGACGUUACCUUACCCCACACUAUGGCUGACCGAUAUAUCGGCUACACUUCAGUUGAGGCGGGCACUGCUGCCCUUAAAGCGUCCGAUUUCAAAAAUGAAAAAUACGUUUCAUUAAACAAUUUAAGCAAAAUAUUUCAACCCAUUUGCAUUGAAACGUUCGGACCAACAGAUAAGCACACAUCAUUAUUUAUUAACGAAUUAACAAGAAAAAUAGUUAAUAUAACGAGUGAUCCUAACGAAGGCAAUUAUUUAACUAAAAUAAUUAAAACUUUAAUAAAUAAAAAUAAAAUUUUAAAACUUUAA